CAGUUGUUCGUGCUAGGCCUGGGGUCUGUAAGCUGUGCGUGUGAGUGCUGUAUGUGUCGGUGAAAACCCUAGGGUUUGUAGGGCUUGAGCGAUGAGUUCGGGCCAGUUAUCCUAGCGCUGUUGGUUAAUUGCCUGGCGUGAGUGUGUCUGGGUGCGGUGUGGGGUGCAUAUGUGGGAAGCCUCCCAGACUAUAGAUGGCCCUGGGUUUCGGAACACCGAGGUGGAGAAGUUUGUGUAGACUGAGGGGUCAUUCCCCAGGGCCCACCCGGGGAACCCUGCAGACAGACUUGGCUGGCAGCCAGGGUGGAAUUUGUACAGAUAACCUUGAGUAAACUUCUCACAGCCGGCCAGGGCUGCAUCACUGAGCCCAGAUCCCAGCUGCCCUGGUCACCUAGAAAUGGCUGUCUGACCUCAGAAAGCAGCCUGCAGUGGUGCUCUCUGAGGAGUGGCACGUCUAACCAGUGCCUGUCUCACCUCCAGGUGGCCUGACUGAAAGGGUAGACCCUUCCCUCGAAAGCCUGGCCUAGCCAGCCCAGAGAUCUGGGCUCAGGUCCAAGAAGAGGAAACAAAACCUGGGAGAUGCCAGAGUCUGUUGGCCGGCCUGCUGGGGAGCUGUUAAAAGGCUGAGAAGGGAGGAGCCUUGAGAUCCUGGCAUCAGCCUGGCCUAGAACUUUUGCUUUUAAAAUGAAAAUCUGACUGGGCGCGGAGGCUCACGCCUGUAAUGCCAGCACUUUGGGAGGCCGAGGCGGGCGGAUCACCUGAGGUCAGGAGUUGGAGACUAGCCUGGCCGACAUGGCAAAACUCUGUCUCUACCAAAAAUACAAAAAAAAAAAAAAAAUUAGCUAGAUGUGGUGGCACACACCUGUAAUCCCAGCUGUUCGGGAGGCUGAGGCAGGAUAAUUGCUUGAACCCGGGAGACGGAGGUUGCGGUGAGCCAAGAUUGCGCCACUGCACUCUAGCCUGGGCUACAGAGCGAGACUCCAUCUCAAAAAAAAAAAAAAAAAAGAGAAAAUCUUCGUUGCAUGUGUGAAACAGAACUUUGUCCAGGGGCUGAGCAGCUGAGUUGGGUUAUCUAGGGAAAAUCCUUCCUUCAUUUGACAGGUGAAGAGGGGACUCAAGCCCAGAGAGGGGAGGAUCCUUGCCCAAGGUUACAGUGCCAAGUGGAGGGUGCGCCUUGCUCAUUCAUCUAGAUUUUGAGUGGUUGAGUCUAGGACCAGGCCAAAGGGGCCUGACAAAGGAGAAUGUCCAAGAAGCAACCAGUAGAGAAAUGACUCAACUCUCUCACUGCAAGGUUUACCCAAGGUCCAGCCUAGCCCCUAGGCACCAUGUCGGACAGUGAUCUAGGUGAGGACGAAGGCCUCCUCUCUCUGGCGGGCAAAAGGAAGCGCAGGGGGAACCUGCCCAAGGAGUCGGUGAAGAUCCUCCGGGACUGGCUGUACUUGCACCGCUACAACGCCUACCCCUCAGAGCAGGAGAAGCUGAGCCUUUCUGGACAGACCAACCUGUCAGUGCUGCAAAUAUGUAACUGGUUCAUCAAUGCCCGGCGGCGGCUUCUCCCAGACAUGCUUCGGAAGGAUGGCAAAGACCCUAAUCAGUUUACCAUUUCCCGCCGCGGGGGUAAGGCCUCAGAUGUGGCCCUCCCCCGUGGCAGCAGCCCCUCAGUGCUGGCUGUGUCUGUCCCAGCCCCCACCAAUGUGCUCUCCCUGUCUGUGUGCUCCAUGCCGCUUCACUCAGGCCAGGGGGAAAAGCCAGCAGCCCCUUUCCCGCGUGGGGAGCUGGAGUCUCCCAAGCCCCUGGUGACCCCUGGUAGCACACUUACUCUGCUGACCAGGGCUGAGGCUGGAAGCCCCACAGGUGGACUCUUCAACACGCCACCACCCACACCCCCAGAGCAGGACAAAGAGGACUUCAGCAGCUUCCAGCUGCUGGUGGAGGUGGCGCUACAGAGGGCUGCUGAGAUGGAGCUUCAGAAGCAGCAGGACCCAUCACUCCCAUUACUGCACACUCCCAUCCCUUUAGUCUCUGAAAAUCCCCAGUAGGCAUCUGCCAAGAAGGGUGCUCAAGGCUCAAGCCAGCUGUCCUGGGUUUCCGUUUUGGUUCCCUUUCAUACAGAGGGUUUUCUAUGGAUCACUGCUAAACAUUGGGAUCGUCUCCUCUGUCCAGAGGUCUUCAGCAGGAAGACGCCAGCUGGCAUCACUGCACUGUGUUGGGGGCCCUCUCCCCUGCUGACUCUGCCGUUUCUCCAGGCCUCCCCUCAGUGAUGAGACCAAGAGAUCGGAGACAAGCAUGGUGCUGCUGCUGCUGCUGCUUCUCCAGAAAAUCCCUGGGACACCUUUGUUCCAGCCUGGUUUCCUGGGCUGGGCUCAGGAAAGCUGCCAAAUUCAGUCCUAUGUUGGGUCCAAGCUGCCCCUGUGCUGUUUCUGUCAAGCCAGGUGUGGACAUUCCAAGUUCAUAUGCAUGAACAAAAGAAAAGAGGAACCCAGUGGAUGUAACAGAACCGACUCCAGUUGAAUGUUUAGAUUUUUGCUAAACUGUUUUCUUUUGCCCUUUUUUGCUGUGGUUUGCAUUCACAGCAGUAGUUAGCCCAGGUGUGGGGAACGAGAGUGCACUGCAUGAUAGCAUUCUGGUGAGCUGGGAAGGACCCACCACUGCCACUGGGGAUUGUUUUGCAAGAAAGGAAUAUUUUUAUUGUGGGGACCAGCUAAGUCUCUGCAGUAGUGUGAAAUUUCAAAUGGUUGUUUUAUCGUUGGUUUGGUUUACCAAAAAAAAGGCAGGAGAAAAAAAACAACCGUAUGAGCGCAUUGGCUUUUCUGCCGCAGGCACAGAAGGGUAGGAAGCCACAGCAGGGGGCAGUCCAGCAGACUCUGACUCAACUUUCUAGGCACCUAGCAGAGAAAGAUGGUAAGAUCAAAAGGUGUUUGGUUUUUCUUUUAAUUUUUAUUGUAGUUUUUUUGGGGGGGUGGGGGAAGUAAACUAGACUGAAGCGAUGGAUUUUUUUUUUUCUUUAAUGUUUUUCCCUUUGUUCUUGAACACUUUUGCCCUGCAGCCUGAGUUUUGAAUUCUUUUAGGAACUUGGAUUAGAGGGGCCCAUAUGUCAGAAGCUCCCAGCACCUCCUGCUUGGGAGAAAAGUGAGCCAUCUGCUGGUCAGGAAGUCCUCCAGAGAGGCAGCUUUUCCCACAAUGGUGGCAGGAAACUUUGGGGAAAGCAGGAAUGGUGUCCACUGCUGCCGAGGAACUGUCUUCAGAGAAGGCGGGGCUGGAAAAGGGUUAGAAGCCUCCUAGCUGGGGUUGUCUUUGUUUCACCUUUCUUUAAAUUAAGAGUUACAGAGGCCCCUGCCCAGUGAACAGAUCACAAUUGGUCUUAUGCUCCUCCCUCUCCCCCAUUUUUUCUUUUGCUGUUUUGUUUUUUGUUUUUUGUUUGUUUUUUUGAAACAGAGUCGCACUCUGUCACCCAGGCUGGAGUGCAGUGGUGCGAUCUCAGCUCACUGCAACCUCCGCCUCCUGGGUUCAAGCAAUUAUUUGCCUCAGCCUCCCGAGUAGCUGGGAUUAUAGGCACCUGCCACCAUGCCUGGCUAGUUUUUGUAUUUUUAGUAGAGACAGGGUUUCACCAUCUUGGCCAGGCUGGUCUUGAACUCCUGACCUCGUGAGCCACCACGCCCAGCCUCUUUUGCUGUUUCAUUGCUGACAGUGUUCGACAACAAUAUGCCCCAUCUUUAUAUAUCCUAAGAAACACUAAUCCUAGGUUAUUGUUAGCCAAAAUAUUUUUGUCCUGAGUAGCGUCACUGGGCCAAAAGAUAGAUCAGGACCACAGCCUUUAGUUUCCUGAAAUCACCAGGUCAGGCACAAGGAGAAGUUCCUGGAUACUGACUAACUUGGGUGGUUCUAGCCAGGAGAAAGACAGUAACAUGUGUUCUGUACUUUCUGGGAAGAUCCCUGAAGCCAUCACAGAGGCUCCCCAACUUCUGAGUCGCCCAUCUGUUGCUGUGGGAGUGUGAACUGAUUGCUGAAGGAGAGGAAGCUUUGCUCUCUCUAGGUGGGCAAGUUUCCUGGGCUCUCUGUGUUGCCUCCCUCUGGCUUCUUCCUCCCGUGCCCUCUCCCCGUGUGCCCUAGGGGGAUCAGGGAUCCUCACCCUCCUGAGGCCCAGUGGGGAAGAACGAACAUGGCUUCGUCCAGGUUAACUGAAGCUGCCAUUUGCCCAGCCUCUUCCAUCCCAGCGCUGUCAGUGAGCCCAGGUCUGGUGCAACUGCUGCAGGAUGCCUGUAGUAGAGAACUCUGGAAGUGUAUUGGGCUGAGGUGGGAUUUUCCCUCCCCACAGUGCACUGAGCAGUGGAGGGUGGUGAGGGGUGAGGGAGCCAUGCUGCUGAAUUCUGGUUGGCAUUUCCCCAUUAUGUAAAAUGGGGUGUUGGGGUGGGGCAGACUCUGCUUGGGUUUGUUUGUAAGAUAAACCUGGAGGAGAAGCACAGUUGUCCCAUUGAAUUAUUUGAGCAAAAACUACUGUAAAUAACUUUUUUGUCUUUUGUCAAAUAAAAUUGUUUUUUUGUUUUUUUAAGCAGAAA